GAUUCCGAAGGUACCGUUCCUCCGUUAUUCGUAUAUAUCAUGUACUUUAUCCAUGCCUUGCCAUUUACAAACUCGGCUAUUAACUGGAUUCUUUAUGGUGCCCUAAACGGUCAACUGCAGCAACGUUAUCGAGGUGCAAGGUUGAGUAAGAAUACGAUAACAACGAGGACUGUUGUACAGAGUGCUUGUACAGGGAAACUUGCACCUACCAUGAACGGUUCUGGCACGUAUCUUAACCAUCCAACAGACGCAAUGGGAAGUUCCGCUUGCGAUAACGAUGCCUCAGAAAUGGUCGACGUUCGAUUGCUUACUGCUCACGAACCCACUUAUCUCUAG